UUUAGCCGGACUCACACAGUUAAACAGAAGAACUGCCUUGUUCAGCUUUCGCCAGUAGUUUUACUCUUUUAUAUAAUUAAUACACAUGUGUUUUAGACCAGAUUAAUUUUUUUAAAUACCCGUGCCUUUGAUAACAUGCUCAGUAACUCUGGGUAGUAAAGGGACGCGUUCUUCGUCUGUUAUGGACCCUCUUAACCAGGCUGAUGUCAUGCACCUUCAGGAGUCUCGUUCCUCAGCUCUGGAUCUGUCCGUGGGUUGCAGGCAGAAUCCCUUAAAGACAAACUCCAUGGAGGCUUUGGAUCUGGUGAAAAAGCCCAGCUGGUGCGGCAUUACCUCAGGGAGCAAGAGUAUUAACAAGUCUGAGUCUCUGUACAUCACUCGACCUGGCGAACCAAAUUCUCCGGAUCACCCAGAACCAGGAUCAAAGCAUCAUGGGACAAGGACUUGUGGCACGUCAUCCCACGGCCAGUACUCUAUACCUUUACCACUGAUCAAUGGCUUGCCAUCUGUGGCUCAGAUAUUAUCUCAGUGCCCACCCACAGACCAAGAGUUUACGGAUGACAGUGAUUACAGUGUUGAAACGGACGAUAUGUUGACGCAAACGAAAAAAUGUCACAAAAAAGCUGACUCUGUAUUAGAGAACAGCACACUGGGAGGAAGGAUAGUGCACAGUAUAUUAGAGACACAUUCACUUUGUGAUGAAACAUACUUGAGUGACACAGGUACGUCACAAACUAAGGGCUCAUCGUGUUUACCUCAGGACGCCAGCACGGCUGCAUACACACUACGUUCCAGCAGCCCAACAACUGACCAAACUGCCAUCGAAACACUCGCAUCCGAAUGUUCCGGCACUAAAAAACCAUCUCCAUGCUCCAUCGAAUACAUCUCUAGUGAUCAUGACAGUGACAUCAUUGAGGUGCCAGUGAGCAACUCCAGAUGCAAGACGCCUCCGAACUGCCGCUUCCGAACGCGAAGCGUUAUAGUUAACGAGAGAAGUCGUGGAAGACAAGAAAAUUCCUCCAUAAAGCAAGAAGUUAAAAAGGACUGCUCUCCCAAAAAUGUGAACAAUUUCUUUUCCCUGAACGAACCUGUUUUUGAAGCGCAAGAUGGCAAGUCCAGCUCUGAAUCCAAGUCGUUGCUGUCGUGGAUGGAGUCGGUCUGUAUUCCCAUAUCUCCAGAAGACAGCGAUCAAGACAUGGAUGCUGCUUUCCCCGAAAACCUCCCAUCUACCUCAGAUGCAGAAAACACAAGCGUCUUCAAGUCUCCACAGAGUGGGGCUUCGCCUACAACAUCAAGCUGUCUGCGGAAAACCCCGGCUUCGAAGAACAGGAAACGAGCAAAACCAAGGCCUAAAGCGAGAGCCAAACCCAAGACACCUGCUAAGAGGGUGAGAGCGCCACCCUCUGGCAAAUCAGCAACAAGCACGGCAAAGAGAAGACGCCGAAAACCUCGCUCGUCUGGACCUUCAUCCAUGUUUUCACCUCAAGAGCCAGAAAUCAAACUAAAAUAUGCAAACCACAAAGAAGAGAAGAAGGACACCAGGCCAGACGGCUUCGCCCCGUAUAUUCACAUGGAGUUCUCAUCCUGCACAAUCAUCAACUUCAAGGAAGAGGAUGUUUAUUCGGCGAAGAAAGGGUCGCAGCAGGUGGUCUCUGGGGUUAUCCCAAAGACUUCCUGUUUACAGCUGGGCCGUGUUGGCUCUGACGCCAGGUUGCAGGUCAGGCAUUUCUGCUGCCUGUGCGGAAGGGCUGGCAGUGUUGAAGGCCUCGGGGACUUGCAUGGGCCAUAUCACUCCAGUGGAACUCAGGCCUUCUGUAAAUCUGACAGCAGUCCUCCUGCUCAAAAGCAGGAACCUGACUGCAGCGAUUUGGACUCGGUCUACAGUUUAGAAGAUGCUGCGUCUCAGUCUGUCAAACGGCAGAGAAAGGAGAACUGCUCAGAGAGUGUUGAGGAAGCUCGUGUGUGUAGUGAGAACUGGAUACAUGAGGACUGUAGCAUUUGGACUGCAGGCAUAUUUUUGGUUAAAGGGAAACUUUACGGAUUGGAGGAAGCCAUUCGGCUUGCACACGAAACGGUGUGCUCACAAUGUCACAGGGUUGGUGCCACUUUGGGAUGUUUCUUUAAAGAUUGCCCCAAUAAGUACCACUUCCCCUGUGCCCUGCAGUCAGACAGCGCUCUCAAUGAGGAGAACUUCACAAUAAGAUGCCCGAAGCACAAGAAUAAAACAUCUAGAAUGAGCGUCAGCAGGUUGAAGAACAGAUGACAUUUGGGAGGUGCUGAUAUGUCUUUGAAGGUAGACUUGGACAGAUGUCGGGAUAUCGGGCCGUGGAGCGGAUCCCUGAAGUGUUUACAGAUCGUUCGAUUUGAAUUAGUGCUUCACUUGUUGAGUGUUUACAUGUACUCUCAGGCGGCUGAAUGUUCGGGACCGGAUGCGCUGCAGACGGCCGCCGCCUUUGACCUGGUAACCAACGCUGGAUGAUGUUCGUUGCAUUCCUCUACCUUCCACUGCGGAUUUUUACAUCUCCAUUUCACUUAAGUUCACCGAAGGCCAAAUAUCUCUGAAUGAAACCCUUUCCGACGUUCCAACAAUCCAACCAACGGCAAACGGCCCCGUUUCGUUCGAAGUGACAGAAGUGCUCGAUUUUUCUCUUUUGACUUUUAUUCUUACGUGCACUUAAGCGUCUCGUUCGUUAAAUAUACAACUCCGACUGUUCAUUCUGCAACGGCGAUGUCUUUAUUACAUAAAACUGAAACGCUGAAUGAACUAGUCUCCUCCCGUGGUACCGUAUGCACUAUUAUGUGGACAUAUUUAUUUCUAUUUAUGUUUAAUGCAUAGGUGUGUAUUUAUUUGCCAACGAACAGCCUCCUUUAAAAGGACAGAGUGUGUUUUAGCACCUUGUAUACAUGCAGUAAAGGCACGUUAUGAUUUGAUGUUUGUAACAGCUACAGGGUGCUUUUAAAUAUGAAUCUGGUUUCAGUUAUAUUUCGCAACUCGUGGCCCGGGAAUCGGAGUCACAGCGUCUGUAGGAUUUUCCAUUUCACCCGAUGCCUUGUGAUGUUUCGAGUUCUGUUUCAAUAAAUGUUUUUAUUCCACAUUCCUAACACUGCGAGCUUUUAUUUGGCGGGCUGCUGAUGCUCUUUUGUCCUGAUGGCGGUGCUAGACGACCUCCAGACCGAAGGCGCGCUUCUUUCAACGUUUCUUAAAGCUCGACUUUGCUUCUUUCGUGGUUAAAUGCACACUGCAGCGAAAUAAAGUGAUACUCACUUCUGGGAAAACUCACCAUCGCAGUACCAGAGGGAUGUGGGAGGCCGCGGCGGUGUCACAGGCCGGUUGAUAAGGUUUUCUGAGAGGAGUUGCUGUGUGGUUUAUAUGCCAUUUCUGCUGUAGCUACUAGUUUGUUUUUUUGAGUGGCUUCUGCUGCAGUACUCUACAAUUUCUAGGAUGUUAUCGUGGCAUUACUUGCUGGUUAUUAUGGUUCAAAUCCCCACGGUGAAGUCCACACAGCAGCGGAAUGUUUGGUCAGUGCUGUAUUCUAUAAUAAAGUUCUGUUCACACGCGUUAAUUGCGAUUAUUUCAAAAUAAAAGUUUUUUUUCUUUACAUAAAA